AUGUUAGUUCAUUAAAAAAAAAAUUAUAAACAAUGUGUCGAAAUAGGUGUCACGAUUCAUUUUAAUAAGUUUCGUAUGAAAUAGUGUUGAGUGAAGAUUGUUAAUUCCGAGUUACUGUUAGUGAAAGUUUGUCACAUUAAUUACUCACAAUACUCAAUAACUAAUCACAAUAGUUGAACUGUAUUAGGUGUUCAAUACUCUGAUAAGUUUUACAGUGAAGAAAUUAAAUUAUUCAAAUAAUAUAAAUUAUCGUUAUGAUUUAUACGUAAAUAUUCAAGUGUCAAAUUAGGAGACAAUCCAAUCCAUAUAUAAUUUUCAAUUGAAUGCCAUUUUUAUUGCAGUAUGGCGGCAAAAAUCCAUUUCUAAAUAUUACAAAGAAAUAUUCUAGCGAAUGGUAGCUCAUCUUGAAAUGUCUAACGACACAAUCGAUGAGAGAGUAUCAGAAGAAAUUGAAGCUCUAUGUGCAAUACUGCUGGACAAUGAGUUCAAAAUACAAAAUAAUGACCGAGGUGUUCCAGAUACCAUCGAGAUACUAAUCGUCCCUUCAACUGGAGAGGAUCCACAGUUACAAUAUGUUUGUGUAACUCUUAUAGUUCAUCUCGUAGCCGGCUACCCUGAUGUACCACCUGAAAUUUUAUUGAAAAAUCCCCGAGGCCUGGAUGAAAAAACCUUACAAAUGAUCCAAAGUGAAUUAGAAGUCAAGUGCCAAAAAUUUCUAGGUCAGCCAGUAAUGUUUGAAUUGAUAGAGUUAAUUCGAGAACACCUGACUCAGAAAAAUUUACCAACAGGACAAUGUGUUAUUUGCUUAUAUGGGUUUCGUGAUGGUGAUAAAUUCACGAAGACCGAAUGCUAUCAUUAUUUCCAUUCUCACUGUCUCGCAGCUCAUAUUAUUGCUGCUGAACGUUACUACAAAGAAGAGUUAGACAAAUUACCACAGUGGCAACAGGACUCUGCUAAAGAAUUCAAAGCUCUGUGUCCGGUUUGUCGCGAGGCUAUCAGUUGUGAUAUAAAAAUCUUACGUCUUGCGCCACCUCCAAUUGAUGUCGAGACAGCAACCAGUUUUUCUGUAUCUGCUGAAUUACGAGACUUGCAGCUGAAAAUGUCAACAUUAUACUUGCAUCAACAACAGCAAGGUGGAAUUAUUGAUCCAGAGGCUGAAGAAAUUAAAAUGUUAUUGCGGACUGAUUCUUCUUUUGAUGAAGUCCAAUCUUCUAUUCCAUCUGCAGAACGAAAUUUAUCGCAAUUGCCAUUACGAAAUGUUGUACAUACGAGUUCAAUUGCUGAUGAUCACCAUAUUUUAGAACAGGAGAACACAUUCCAACAAGCAAGUAAUCAGCGAAAUACUCUCCGCACAGUUUUGAAUCAUCAACAUUAUUAUGGUCGUCGUGCUCCUCGAGGUCAUAACCGUGGGAAUAGUAAUCAUCGAUAUGGUGAUCGAUUGAAGCAAUCCGAUUCUGUACCUAGAUGACAUUGGGUAUAUAAUUAUAAUGUAAAAAUUGACGUAUUCUUAUAUUCAAAAACUUUAUGUCAAUUGAAUUUUUAAUAGUGGUUUUUUCUUGACUAAAGUAGCUCCAACAUUGUAUUAAAUAAAAUUUAUUUCAAUUUUUCAACU